UGACCACAACUGUUCCAUUCCGAGGCAAGCGGUUGUGCGAUGUGGCCGUGACUAUCCCUCUCCACCUGCCGUGACUUACAAUCACCAGCGCACUUUAGUUGCAUUAAUGCGGAAGGGUGGAACUCGCCUGCGGAACGCGCGCUUCACAAAGGCAGGAACGCGAGACCGACACGCUCACACUAUCUGGCCGUGAAUGCUUGCUGAAUUGCACGUCCCGUGACCUUGACCUGGAUCAGCAGCGUCUUCACUAGCAUCUUCGAGACGCAUGCUUCAUGGAGCGGUCGGUUUCGGCGCAUAUGAGUACGUGUGAAAAGUAGACCGACCGCAGUUGACGUCAUUAGCUCCGCACCGACAUGAAAAGCAGACGGCCAAAUCUCUUCCCAGCACGGCAUUCGCACGCAAUGAAGCACGAUAAACACCGGCAUACUUGGGAGCUCGUUCUCGAGCCACACUCGUUCCCCCGCGGAAGUCUGUACUACGGGCCGCAGCAUGUCGCUUUCUUCUUCCCGCUCCUCCAGCUCUCCAACGCGGCCGACGUGCUGGCCGAUGUCGACCCGCUGCAGCUCGAGAUUGCUCUUCCCCUGAUCACGCGGUACGGUUACCACAUCGCGGAGCUGAUUGACGACGUCGUCUCGCUCGCACACGGGAAGACGUCCUUCGCGCCCCCCGCCCCGAUAGACGGGUGGCAGCGGGAGAUCCUCCGCCUCGCCCCGCCAGCCGAAGUCACCCCGCUGUGGGCACCUUUCCUCCGCUGUGCGUGCCUGACCUCGCAAAGCCCCACGAAAUACACCGCGCUCGGCCCCGCCGGCGCCGUCGUCAUCAACCUUAAAGCCAACAUCAACGUCGUAGGGGUGCCGGCCAGCAUGCCGAGCGGGGCCGCCGCGUGGCCCCAGCUACUCCGCCUAGUGCUCGAGAUGCUCGUGGGUACCAAGGAGCCAAUUCGCGCCGAGACGGCCGAGGAGAACGCUGUCGUCGUGCAUGUGAGGGAACGGCCGCUCGCACCGGCAUAUAUCUGGGCAGGGGACUUCGACGAGCCAGGCGCGCCCGGCGAAAGAGACCCGAUUGGCGUGAAUGACCUGCACGUCUCGUUGAAGAGGUUCAAGCGCCACGGACAUAGGCCUGAGGGAUAAAGAGAAGGGACAACAUGUUACGACACUGGAUGACGACGCCGUAGUUCCCGCUGUGAUGAAUAGUGAUGCAUGAAUGAUUA